CUUUCCUUUGGUUCUCUGCGAAUCUACAAAUCACAAGGCUCGACCCAUCAACAAGUUGUUUAUAAUCUGUCCGAGAAAAUUCAGUUUCUGUUUUAAGGUUGUGGAAUUAGUUUUGUUUGGAUCAAAAUGUCUUCUCCAAGUAAAAGAAGAGAGAUGGAUGUCAUGAAGUUGAUGAUGAGUGAUUACAAUGUGGAGACAAUAAAUGAUGGACUCAAUGAGUUCAAUGUGGAAUUCCAUGGUCCAAAAGACAGCCUCUAUGAAGGUGGGUUUUGGAAAAUACGUGUUGAGCUUCCUGAUGCUUAUCCUUACAAGUCUCCUUCUAUUGGAUUUGUGAACAAGAUUUUCCACCCAAAUGUUGAUGAAUUAUCUGGUGCUGUCUGCUUAGAUGUAAUCAAUCAAUCAUGGAGUCCAAUGUUCGAUCUUCUAAAUGUUUUUGAAGUUUUCCUUCCACAACUUUUACUGUAUCCAAAUCCUUCCGACCCACUCAAUGGUGAUGCCGCGUCAUUGAUGAUGAAGAAUCGGAAGCUAUAUGAUCAGAAAGUGAAAGAAUACUGCGAGAAAUAUGCGAAAAAGGAGCAUAUUGUCAACAUGACACCAGAAGAGGAGAGUGGUGAUGAAGAGCACACUGCCGAUGAAGAAAGUGAUCAAAGUGACGAUGAUGAUAUUGCUGGUCAUGCAGACCUGUAAUGGUAGUUGGGGGCUAUUUUAUAAUCUUUUCAUGUAAGCCCUUCUUUACAGCAGCAGUAUAACACAUACCUAUUAGAUUCCCACCAUUUAAUUGCAAUCCUAUUUGUAGACUAAAUUUAAUUUAUUUGUAAAAAUCAGGAACUGUGUAAGAAGUUGUAUCUUUCAGAUCUCACAAGAGAUGCAAUGGAAAAUAGAGAGAUGGAAAGGAACCAUUGAAUAUUUCUGUCAUUUGUCACUCUCUUUCAUGUUAUAUUUAGAUAUGUUAUUCC